CCGCGGACCGAGCAGGGGCCGUCCCCUCUGCAUCCCGGGCCGCGACCACCAGCGCCGCUGCCCCCCCGCCCGGCUCAGCCCUGGCACGGUGCCCGCGGCGGCCACCUGGCCAGCCGCAGUCUGCCUGGGUCCCGGCCCGACGCCCCGCUCCGUCUGUCCAGUCCACACCCGUCCCGUCUAUCCGAUUCCGUGCCGUCUGUCCCGCCGGGGCCGCCCGGAGCAGCGCAGCCCAGCAGGACUCCAUCUGAGACCCCUGGCUGGUGCCACCUCCGGCGCUCUGCCCUAACCACCAUGGCCAACUUCACUCCAAUCAAUAGCAGCUAUGGCAACCACUCAGACCAGUCAGUGCAGGCGAUGCCCGCGGCCCCCAACCGCUACGAGACGGUGGAGAUGGUGUUCAUCGCCACGGUGACCGGCUCGCUGAGCCUGGUAACGGUUGUGGGCAAUAUCCUCGUUAUGCUCUCCAUCAAGGUCAACCGACAGCUGCAGACGGUCAACAACUACUUCCUGUUCAGCCUGGCCUGUGCAGACCUCAUCAUCGGGGCCUUCUCCAUGAAUCUCUACACUGUGUAUAUCAUCAAGGGCUACUGGCCUCUGGGGGCUGUGGUCUGUGACUUGUGGCUGGCCCUGGAUUACGUGGUCAGCAACGCCUCCGUGAUGAACCUGCUCAUCAUCAGCUUCGACCGCUACUUCUGUGUGACCAAGCCCCUCACCUACCCGGCCCGGCGCACCACCAAGAUGGCGGGCCUCAUGAUCGCGGCAGCCUGGGUGCUGUCCUUCGUCCUCUGGGCUCCAGCCAUACUCUUCUGGCAGUUUGUGGUAGGGGAGCGGACCGUGCCAGACAACCAAUGUUUCAUCCAGUUCCUGUCCAACCCGGCGGUCACCUUUGGCACAGCCAUUGCGGCCUUCUACCUGCCCGUGGUCAUCAUGACCGUGCUUUACAUCCACAUCUCCCUGGCUAGCCGCAGCCGUGUCCACAAGCACCACCCGGAGAGGGCCAAAGAGAAGAAGACCAAGAGCCUCUCGUUCCUUAGGAGCCCCCUCAUGAAGCAGAGUGUCAAGAACCCGAGCCGGAAGCCAGUGGAGCCCGGGAAGGAGGAGAUCCGCAAUGGGAGGCUGGAGGAGGCCCCUCCGCCGGUCCUGCUUCCCCCUCGGCCCCCUGAGGAGAAAGACACAUCCAAUGACUCCAGCUCAGCCAGCGUCACCCAGAACACCAAGGAGAGGCCUCUGACCGAGGGCUCCACAGCUGAGACUGGCUGCAGCCCGUCUACACCACUGCCCUCCCGCCCGCGAGCCGUCAACCCGGCCUCCAAGUGGUCCAAGAUCCAGAUCGUCACAAAGCAGACGGGGAACGAGUGCGUGACAGCCAUUGAGAUCGUCCCGGCCACACCUGCGAGCUUGCGCCCGGCCGCCAAUGUGGCCCGCAAGUUUGCCAGCAUCGCCCGCAAUCAGGUGAGGAAGAAGCGGCAGAUGGCAGCCCGGGAGAGGAAGGUGACGAGGACCAUCUUUGCCAUCUUGCUGGCCUUCAUCGUCACCUGGACACCCUACAAUGUCAUGGUGCUGGUCAACACCUUCUGCCAGAGCUGUGUCCCCGACACUGUGUGGUCCAUUGGCUACUGGCUCUGCUACGUCAAUAGCACCAUCAAUCCUGCCUGCUAUGCCCUCUGCAAUGCCACCUUCAAGAAGACCUUCAAGCACUUGCUUCUGUGCCAGUACAGAAACAUUGGUACUGCCAGGUAAGUGGUCACGGGCUCCGUGGAUGAGGACUUCCUACCACCGGGCUCGGAAUGGUUCCAGGAUGACUCCGUUUGGCCCACUCACGAGGACAGAAGAGACUUGCAUGGGUGGUACCAUUUUCCCUAGGGCCUAGGGGACGGCCAGAGAAGAUACUGCAGUGACCCCAGCGUGUGUCCAGAGUCACCAAAGUGGAAAGCCUGGGGGACUCGGUCCUCCCAUCAUCCCCAUUACCUGGCCUCCCAGGGCAGGGAGUGGGGGAUGGGCCCACCAGCCCCAGGGUCAGCUGGACUGAGCUGCUGGGGGGACCAAGGUGGACUUUGGCUCUGCAGAGGUUCUGUGGCUUCAUCUCAGGACUUUAAGAAAGGUCAGGACCCAGCAGACCUCUGGUUAGAAGGAGAAGGAGAUUGGAGGGGAGGGGGUUUGGGAGAGAUACAGAAGAAGGGAAGGUCUGUGCCAAUCUCUGACACUUCAAGGAAAGCCUGAGGAGGCCGGGAAGGAAGACAAGCUGUGGAUACCUGGUGACUGGAAAAGGGUGUGGGGAGGCGCUGCUGGCUAAGGUGUGGGCAGCGGAUGGAGGGAAGGUCUGGCUAGAAGCCCAGCCAUCAGGACUACUGGGUGGGGUGGGGCAUGAGAAGGUGGACCUCCCAUUGGCAGGAGGAAGCCUGGGUUCUGGGAUGGAGGGGUUGGAGGGGGGGGAAAUCGGGCCCCUUGGCUCUAUGGGCCCAAUGUAUGGGGAGCAGCCCCCAACCCAGCGUGUAAAUGGUACUGCUUGCCCUUAACCCCCUGCAUGCAGGGUUCGGCCUGACCCUCCAAUCUACUCCAGAGGCAGCAAAUCCCCUCCCCGGCUUCCCUCUUUGUGGCCUGGCCAGUGGGUCCCCCUCACUCCCCACCAAGGCUGCGUGACCCAUCUGGGUUAUGUUGUGAAUUCCAAGGACUAAAAGACCACUGGAGUCCUGGCAGCCAUCCGGGCCUACAAGACUGGAGAGGGUGGAGGAGCUGAGGCCAAGAGCUCGCCGCCCUCCCCCACCUCCUCCCCUGCGCCCUCCCCGAAAUGGGCUUCAUGGUCUAAGGUGAGCAGACGGGAGGCUAUGCCACUUCUUGCCUUCCAUGUUCAGGAUGCUGACUCUAGAGACUAAUGUGCAUCUGUCUGAAAGGAGAGCAAGGGUAGCCUCAGUGCCCUUCUUACUUCUGAAACACUCAUUUGAGUGGGACAUGGGAGGGAGGGGAGGCUAAGGGUGUGUGUGUGUGUGUGUGUGAGAGAGAGAGAGAGAGAGGAGAGAGAG